AUGGAGGCGGGCGGCGGCCCCGGGCCGGGCCCGGCAGCGGCUCCGGCACCGGCACCGGGCAACAACAACAACAACAACAGGGGCCGCGGCGGGGCCGCCGCGCCCAACCGGGGCCGCGACAUGGCCCGCCCGCCCAGGAAGGACUCCGAGGGCUAUUCCGAGUCUCCAGACCUGGAGUUCGAAUAUGCAGACACGGAUAAAUGGGCAGCAGAGCUGUCAGAGCUUUACAGCUACACAGAGGGGCCAGAAUUCCUGCUCAACCGAAAGUGCUUCGAGGAGGACUUCAGGAUCCACAUGCCGGAGCGGCGCUGGGCGCAGCUGGAGCGGGCGCAGCACCGCACCCACGCCAUGCGGCUGCUGGACGGGCUGGAGGUGACGGCGCGGGAGCGGCGCCUGCGCGUGGCCAGGGCCAUCCUCUACGUGGCACAAGGGACCUUCGGCGAGUGCAGCUCCGAGGCCGAGGUGCAGGCCUGGAUGAGGUACAACAUCUUCCUGCUGCUGGAGGUGGGCACCUUCAACGCGCUGGUGGAGCUGCUCAACAUGGAGAUCGACAACAGCGCGGCGUGUUCCAGUGCCGUGAGGAAACCGGCCAUUUCCCUGGCUGACAGCACGGACCUGAGGGUGCUGCUGAACAUCAUGUACCUGAUCGUGGAGACCGUGCGCCAGGAGGCCGAGGGGGACAAGCCCGAGUGGAAGAGCAUGAGGCAAACAUUCCGAGCGGAGCUGGGAGCCCCCCUGUACAACAACGAGCCCUUCUCCGUGAUGCUCUUCGGGAUGGUGACCAAGUUCUGCAGCGGCCACGCCCCACAUUUCCCCAUGAAGAAGGUGCUGCUCCUGCUCUGGAAGACCGUGCUGUGCACCCUGGGGGGCUUUGAGGAGCUGCAGAGCAUGAAGGCGGAGAAGAGGGAGAUGCUGGGGCUGCCCCCGCUGCCCGAGGACAGCAUCCAGGUGAUCCGCAACAUGAGGGCGGCGUCGCCCCCGGCAUCCGCCUCCGACCUCAUCGAGCAGCAGCAGAAACGCGGCCGCAGGGAGCACAAGGCCCUCAUCAAGCAGGACAACCUGGACGCCUUCAACGAGCGGGAUCCCUACAAAGCCGAUGACUCCCGGGAGGAGGAGGAGGAGAACGACGACGACAACAGCCUGGAGGGGGAGACCUUCCCCCUGGAGAGGGACGAAGUGAUGCCCCCCCCCACCCAGCACCCCCCCAGCGACCGCAUCACCUGCCCCAAGGGGCUGCCCUGGGCCCCCAAGGUCCGGGAGAAGGACAUCGAGAUGUUCCUGGAGUCCAGCAGGAGCAAAUUCAUCGGAUACACCUUGGGCAGUGACACCAACACGGUGGUGGGUCUGCCCAGGCCCAUCCACGAGAGCAUCCGCACCCUGAAGCUGCACAAGUACACGUCCAUUGCCGAGGUGCAGGUGCACAUGGAAGAGGAAUUCCUGCGCUCCCCACUGUCUGGAGGGGAAGAGGAAGUGGAACAAGUCCCUGCAGAGAUCCUGUACCAGGGGCUGCUGCCCAGCCUGCCCCAGUACAUGAUUGCUCUCCUGAAGAUCCUCCUGGCUGCAGCCCCCACCUCCAAAGCCAAGACAGACUCCAUCAACAUCCUGGCAGACGUCCUGCCGGAGGAGAUGCCGACCACGGUGCUGCAGAGCAUGAAGCUGGGCGUGGACGUCAACCGGCACAAGGAGAUCAUCGUCAAGGCCAUCUCGGCCGUGCUGCUGCUCCUGCUCAAGCACUUCAAGCUCAACCACAUCUACCAGUUUGAGUACAUGGCCCAGCACCUGGUCUUUGCCAACUGCAUCCCGCUCAUCCUCAAGUUCUUCAACCAGAACAUCAUGUCCUACAUCACUGCCAAGAACAGCAUCUCUGUCCUGGACUAUCCCUACUGUGUGGUGCACGAGCUGCCGGAGCUGACGGCCGAGAGCCUGGAGGCCGGAGACAACAACCAGUUCUGCUGGAGGAACCUCUUCUCCUGCAUCAACCUCCUGCGCAUCCUGAACAAACUGACCAAGUGGAAGCAUUCCCGCACCAUGAUGCUGGUGGUGUUCAAGUCGGCUCCGAUCCUGAAGCGGGCGCUGAAGGUGAAGCAGGCCAUGCUGCAGCUCUACGUGCUCAAGCUGCUCAAGGUGCAGACCAAGUACCUGGGGCGCCAGUGGAGGAAGAGCAACAUGAAGACCAUGUCAGCCAUCUACCAGAAGGUCCGGCACCGCCUCAACGACGACUGGGCCUACGGCAACGACCUGGACGCCCGUCCCUGGGACUUCCAGGCCGAGGAGUGCGCCCUGCGCGCCAGCAUCGAGCGCUUCAACUCGCGGCGCUACGACCGCGGCCACGGCAACCCCGAGUUCCUGCCGGUGGACAACUGCCUGCAGAGCGUGCUGGGCCAGAGGGUCGACCUGCCCGAGGACUUCCAGGUCAACUAUGACCUGUGGCUGGAGAGGGAGGUGUUCUCCAGGCCCAUCUCCUGGGAGGAGCUGCUGCAGUGACGGGACAAACACACACACACACAGGGGG